AUGGGUAAAAAAGGUGAUCUUUCACCACGUAAAAAAGCUGAAGUAAAGGCCCUCGUAAAUGCUAAAUUAUUUUCUAACCGCGAAAUAUCGCGGAGAUUGAAGAUUUCUGAAGCUAGUAUACGACGCAUAAAGAAGAAAAUUGAGUCAGGAGACAAAUUGAGCCCGAAACGAAAGAAAAGAUGCGGCAGAAAGCCUAUUUUUACUCCAAGGACAGAAAGAUGUUUAAAGAAAAUUUGUCUGGAAAACAGAUUUGCAAGCACAAAACUGAUAAAAACGCAACUCCAAGAUGCUAAUGUGGAUGUUUCUGAGCGCACUGUUCGAAAAAAAUUAAAAGAUUUAGAUUUUAGGACCUGCCGUCCCGCCAGGAAGCCCAAGUUAACAGCUGUAAUGAAAGCAAAGCGUCUGAAGUGGGCCAAACAGUGGCGAGAUAAAGAUGAGAACUUCUAG